AUGUUCUUCCAGGAAGAUGUACAGAGGGUUUUAGAGUUCCAACCAGUAUCACAAUGUGAAGACUUCUGGGUAUGGAUGCAUAACCAAAGUGGAGAGUACUCUGUCAAGUCAGGUUUUUGGCUCGCUUCUAAGAUCAAGAAAGUGGAAAUACAAAGAGAAGCAGCGCUCAAUUCUCUAAAGUCUGAAGUGUGGAACCUUCCAACCACGCAGAAAAUUAGAAUUUUCUUAUGGAAGGUCUUUGUGGAGGAGUUGCGGUUGGAGACAAGAUGGAAGAAAGAGAGAAAGAAUGUCAAUCUGCCACAAGCAGUAAGAAGAAGAUUUCUGUGGGUGAUAUGGUUCCUUAGGAAAAAUAGAAAUGAUCUUGCAUUCCAAAGCCGUCAGUUCAAUGCUCUAGCAACGACGGAAAAGAUCAUCGAAGAAGCAGAGCUUUGGUUAGUGGCACAGAAGGUUGAUAAAGACUGUGAGGUGCUUUCACCAACUGUUUCUCACAGAGAGGUAAAACGUUGGAGACCUCCUCCGGACCCUUGGUUAAAAUGUAAUGUUGGUUGUUUUUGGGAGAAAAACUCGUGUAGAGGUGGAAUGGCUUGGGUGAUUAGAGAUGGAGCUGGGGUUGUUCAUUUGCACAGUAGAAGAGCUUUCUCUAAUGUUAUCAGCAAGUUAGAGUGUAACUUCUUAGGAGUGUUAUGGGCUUUGGAAAGUUUGAGGAGUCAUGGUGUUUUAAAGGUGGUUGUGGCCUCGGAAGACUCAGUGGUUAGUGGUGUUUUGGAGAGACCAAAAGCUUGGCCUUCUUUCAAGAAGCAAGCUUUGGACUUCUCUUCCGUCAUGUCUUGUUUUGACGGUCUAAAAGUUGAGCUGGAACCGAGAUGUGCUAACAGAGGGGCUUUUCUUGUAGCACAAAGUGUGAUCCUAGGUGAUCGUCGUCACUCAUACGUCGCGACGGGUAAUCCCUCCUGGUUGGAUUAUAUUUUUGCUAAUGAGAGAGUCUGA